AGCUUUAUCUCCGUUUAGCUAAGCUAACAUAACUGUAUACUAUAAAGCAGCUUCAUUGUCUGCCAGCUGAAGCAAACCCACGGUAAGCUCCGGGGCAGUGAACAGGCAGCGUGUUAAGGUGUUCGGUUUGCUAGCGUUCGUUACAAUGUCGCUCGCGCUUAGUGACGCCGCACAAAGGAGCGUUCCACGGUGUUACACAAAGUUAACGGUGUGAGUUAAGUAGCUCUCAGUUAGCUCAGGGUGGCAGCCAGCGGCUCAGCCAGCAGCGUGUUAAAGCUCCUCCACAGACAGCUCUCCUACUCCAGUCCUCUGCUGGCACUUAACACAGCGACACAUAACCCAAACUUAAAACGACGAGAGGCUGCCAGCGCAGCGCCUUCUUCCAUUUCCUUCAAAACGGCACUACCUGCGCCUAUUUCUUCACGUUUGAGCUUGGGUAUUUUUUAUUUUUUUCAAACGGCGGAGCUUCAUCACCCGGAGCGUCUGCGCUUUAUCCCCCGAGCAGCCCGAUAAGGGCUCCUGCUUGAGGACAGUGGGGGCUCUCUAAUGAUCCCACCAUUCAUCCGAUGAACCCCCUUAACUCCAUGAAACCCUCCCUACCUCCCACUCCACAAAGCACUGACGGCCCCUUCCUAAAUGAGCCAGUCUCCUGGCAACCAGGCACCAAUCAACACGCAAGAUCUCUCUCUGUAGUAACCACAGUGUGGGGCGUGACCAAUCCCACACACAGCCAGGUGUUUGGAUCACCCAUGGGCCCCGGCGAGAGUUCUGGUGGUCACAUAAUGCCAGUUGGCAGCCCAGGGAUGGGCGGCAGCAUGGGCUCCCAGUUCAUGGGCCAGCAGUCGUACGGGGACGGCGUGUCUAAAGGCUACGGCCAGCCGGUCAUGUACGGACGACCCAGCACCGCCUACAACCCGGCUUCAGCCUAUGGAGGAAGUUACUCCGGCAACGGCGGAGGCGCGGGCCUGGGCGUCCGCGCCCCCUCUGACUUCACUCAGGCUGCAGCUGCCGCCGUCGCCGCGGCUGCCGCCACAGCCACUGCCACCGCCACGGCAACGGUCGCAGCAAUACAGGAGAAACAGAACCAGGAGCUGAGCUACGGUCAGAUGGGUGGAGCAUCCCCUUACAGCAACCAGUUCCUGUCUCAUUCUGGGCCCCGCGGGCCCCCGGGGAUGAACCACGGCGGGAUGGUCCCCUUGAGGCCUGGACUGCCACCUUCCACAGGUGGGUUGUAUCCCUCUCACCCUGCGCAGGCCCAGAGGAUGCCCCAGCACCCUGGCUUCUCGGGCGGACAGCAGGGCCUCAAGCGACCUUUCCAUUCAGAGGGGUUUCCGGGGCAACAGUACAGCUCCGGAGGGAUCUCUGGGUAUUCCAACCAGCCUCUGCAGUACCCCAGUGGUCCGCAGCAGAGAUGUGCACCGUCACCCUCUUACCCGUCCAGUCGCAUGCCUCACAUGGGGCCGUACACAUCUGGAACUCACAACCCAUCACAGUUCCCUCCCGGUGCCAGCCAGCCCAAUCCUCCACAGUUUUAUAAGUCAGAGCCUUUCAAUGGCCAGGGCAGUCUACCAUCUGGAGCAGCAGGGGCCUACAACGCCUUUACACAGGCUGCAGUCAACGGGCCAGGUCGAGGUGCAGUGAUACCCGGGUACCCCAGCUCACCAAUGGGAGGGAACCCCACCCCACCGAUGACCCCAGGGAGCUCCAUACCCCCUUACCUCUCCCCAGGCCAGGACACCAAGCCACCCUACCUUCCGCUGGACUCUAAAGCCAACAUCAGCACCCAGCAGCCCUCCACAGGUAACCCUAGCGACGACCUGCGUCUGACCUUCCCGGUCCGAGACGGCGUGGUGUUGGAGCCGUUCCGAUUGGAGCACAACCUGGCUGUCAGCAACCAUGCGUUCCAGCUCCGAGACUCGGUCUACAAAACACUGGUGAUGAGACCAGAUCUGGAGCUGCAGUUCAAAUGUUACCACCAUGAAGACAGGCAGAUGAACACUAACUGGCCUGCCUCUGUGCAGGUCAGCGUUAACGCAACUCCUCUGUCCAUUGAGAGAGGGGACAACAAGACCUCCCACAAGCCCCUGUACCUAAAGCAAGUGUGUCAACCGGGACGCAACACCGUACAGAUCACCGUGACGGCAUGCUGCUGCUCUCACCUGUUUGUGCUGCAGUUGGUCCACCGGCCGUCAGUCAGGUCUGUCCUGCAGGGCCUGAUGAAGAAGAGGCUACUGCCAGCUGAGCACUGCAUCACCAAGAUAAAGCGAAACUUCAGUAGCGGCACCAUUCCCGGGACGCCCGGUCUAAACGGAGAGGACGGAGUGGAGCAGACGGCAAUCAAAGUCUCCCUCAAGUGUCCGAUCACAUUCAGACGAAUCCAGCUGCCGGCCAGAGGCCACGACUGCAGGCACAUACAGUGUUUUGACCUGGAGUCUUAUUUACAACUGAACUGUGAAAGAGGGACGUGGCGGUGUCCUGUGUGCAAUAAAACGGCUUUGCUAGAAGGCCUGGAGGUCGACCAGUACAUGCUGGGGAUUCUGGUCUACAUACAGAAUUCUGAUUACGAGGAGAUCACCAUCGACCCGGUGUGCGGCUGGAGACCCGUGCCAAUCAAGCCCGACCUCCACAUAAAGGAGGAGCCCGACGGUCCAGUCCUGAAGCGAUGCCGCACAGUCAGUCCGAGUCACAUGGUCCUGCCGAAUGUGAUGGAAAUGAUCGUGGCCCUGGGGCCCGCUUCGUCCCCAUACCAGAGUCUGAGUGCAGGGGGCAGGAACACCCCCGACUACAGCCGGCCAGGAAGUCAGGGAUUCUCCGGACAAACGGGAUUUACAGAUUUCCCCAACACUCCUGGGACCCCGACACUCGGAGAGUACACCUCCUCCGGACCGCCCCCCCUCUCCUACCAGUCUGAGCAGGCAGCCCAUUCUGGAGGAAUGGAGCACUCGCACGGCAGCAUCCUCCAGCAGCACGUAUCGGGGGUCCACAACAACCAGAGUCUUGGCGAGGCCAGCAGCCCGUUAGCACAGAGGAGCUCAGCCACACAGAACUCACGGCUGCAGGGCGAAGGCUCCUUCAGUCUGGGAGGCCCUGGAGGGGAGGGGGCCGAUCACGCUCUGGAUCUUCUUCCCGAGCUGACCAACCCAGACGAGCUGCUGUCGUACCUGGGCCCCCCCGACCUCCCGAACAACAGCAACGACGACCUGCUGGCGCUGUUCGAAAACAACUGACUUGUGGACUGAGCCGAAGACGGCCGCCCGGCCCCCCGUCUGCACCCGCUUCAGCGUGUGUGUGCAUACCAGUGUUUUUGUUUGUCUCUUGUCUUUUAAGUGUCCUACUGUACUCUGAGGUCCUUUCAGUGCAGUGUGGAGGUGCAUGAAGGAACGCAGCGAGUGAAGGAAAAAAAGAGAGCCUAACAGGCACCGACUCCACAGGCCAGCAUUUCAAACACAAGCACACGCCUCAGACUGGAGGGGGGGCAGGAGGUGUGUAUGAGGAAGAUGAUGGAAGCUGAAGGAUGCACACGUUAACUUUACUGUAGCUGCUCCAUGUUGCCAUAUGCAUUUGAAAUAUUUAGUGGAAAGGAGCAGGUUCUCAUCUGUAAGUCAAAGACAUCAGUGCAACCAAACUACUAAAGAAAUCGGCUCUGUACUCAAACAGUAGCUGUGUUUCCAGUGACCAUGUAAUUUGUGCAGUUUGACCUUCUGAAAAUAAACACGCAUUGAAAACACUGUUUUCAUCACACCAGUCACAUGAUCAACAACCAAAUGUUGCCUCUAAUGCAAACCAUGAAGGAGACGACGACAGGAAGUAGUUGGAGGUUGAUGUAGUGAAGUGUUUUUUAAUGACUUAUCAUCUGAACAAACUUAUUGAUGUUUGAUUUUAAUUGCGUUUCUUAUUUAAUGGAAACAACACAAAUGCGAAAUUGUUUUUUGUCGACAUCAGUGGAAUAUUGACAGUUUUUUAACAGAAGCACAGCUACUGUGAUGUCACCUAUAUUUGAAGAUUAAAGCUCCUCACACAGACAGUCAUACAGAGUUGGUUUUUAUUCUCUCACAGCAAGAGAGAGAGAAAUAUAUUUUUAAAGACAACAUUAAAGGCUAUUUGGGAAAAACCUUGCCUCAUAGAAUCAUCUGUAUGUGUGACGAUCUUUAGUUUUUUAUGGCAUUUCAGAAUAUUAUUAUUUCAUCAAAGACAUAAAAAACAAAGCAUCAUUGUUUUCUGAGGUUCACUGUGUCUGCGACCUGCUUCAGCACUGUGGGAAAAUAAAUAAAUAAAAAAUCCCCCGCCACACCAGCACCACCACCACCGUUCCUUCCCUCUGUCGGGGCUUUCAGAGCUGUGUGUGCGAUGGCCUUUUCUGCCGUUGUUUGUUUUUAAAUGAUUUGACAUGUAUAACCCAUCCAGACGCGGGUUUAUGUACUGUAUAAUCAGCUGUUUUCAUUAGAGAACGUGUGUGUAUCAAAAGAAUUGUUAAUCAUGGUAACUUUGUCAUUAGUUGGAUAAUGGAUCAUUGUUGGCACUGUAUACAUUCUAUAUGUUAGAAAUCUAUAAAGCUGUUGGAAAAAAAACAACAAAAAAAACAUUGGUGUCAUACACACAUGGGCACACGACGCAUGUAUGACAGAAACUAGUCAUCUGACACUAGGUCAGGCAGACAAACAUGCAACGGUUGGUUCCUAAUUCUACUUUGUAAAGCUGAAGUUUAUUGUUUUUUUUUUGUUUUUUUUUCUAUGAUCAGUUUUGCAACCGCACCCUUUGUGGUUCAGCGUUGCCUUAACGAGGUAACUACAGCAAAAAUGUUCUUUGCCAAUUUGAGCAACAACGAUAUUAUAUUUGGAAACGAUGGACUAUUUAACUGCAAAUUUGCUAGAAAGGAAGAAGAAAAAGCUUUUUUAAAUAUGUAAACUACUCCACAUAUUUUGUAGCACAUUGUAAUUGCCAUUAUUUUCUAUUUAUUUUUUAAUCAUAUUCAUCAUUGUACCCACAUUUACCUCCGCUCUUCCCCUCCUCCCACCUCUGAAUCUAAAUUAAAAGUCACUUUAUUUGGCAAAAACUGAUCUUACAUUUUAUU